CGUUCCAUGGAACAAGACAAUGCCGCCACACGUUGGUAAAAUAUCAAGCUAAAUUCACCUGAGAUUGUGCUGCCGCCUAUACAAACUCAGUCGCCAUAUUCGUUUCCGCUAGUCGGACCCCAGUGGAAGGUAAACUUCGUUGAUUAGACGCUCGUUUCCAUUUGUACAAUCGUCAUCAUUUGUUUGCAAAAUAUAUAAAUACAAAUAACAGUCAUGCGAACGAACGAACCUUUUCGUGGGGCUUGAAAAAUUCUUUAUAAUCAAGUGAAUUUCUGAAUUGUCAUGAAAUUUCAUCGUACCCGAAUUCAACGGAUCUGAGAAAGCAUCAUCGGAUGAGACAAAAAAUUGAACUGAGCAUCAUGUGAAAUGAAAAAAAUUUCAGACACUUGUAGACAAAACAUGUAAUGUAUGUUGAGAUGGAGCAAAAAUUGUUCUGGUCAGUGGGGAAGUAGAGAUUUUCUGGACAAAGGUUCAAAGAUGAAUGUUCCUUAGUGUGAAGCUGCUGAGGGCUAUAAAAAUUUUUAGAGAGUUAUGAUUACUGCAUCGAAUAGAAGAAAAUAGUGAGGCAUAUUAAAAAAAUGCCGCAUCCUUGCGUGGUUUGUGGCCGUUCUCGGAUGAAUCCGAACAAUCGUGAGGAGGACUAUAUGUUUUUUGGAUUUCCAGUGAAUUACGAGGAGCGGUGUAGAAAAUGGUUGGAAUUUUGUUGCCGAGAAGAUCUUUACAAAUUGACGAAGAAACAAUUGUUGCAAAGAAUGGUGUGUUCGAAGCACUUUGAAAAGAAAGAUUUCCUCAACGAGUAUCAAGACAGGUUGAAUUGUACCGGAGUACCAUCGGUCUAUGAUCCGAGUCAAAGUUUGUAUAACAUAACCUGUGUGCUCUGCGGUAGAUCUCGAAAAGAUCCUCCGGACAGCGAUUACGACGGUACAACGUUCCAUCACUUUCCUGGAGAAGAAUUUCGCUGCUUGAAGUGGUUGGAUUUUGUUGGUAUCGAUUCAUACUAUCGUCUGACAAGAAAAGAAAUAUUGUACUGUUACAUUUGCUCUAAUCAUUUUGAAAAAUCACAAUUUAUGCCUGGUUUCAAAGCACGUCUUUGCGACAACGCGGUACCCUCUAUUUAUCUCAAGGAGGAAACGGACGAGUUUGUUCCUUCGCCAUGCACGACGAAGGGUACGAGCAACACGAGAUUGAGCCAGAUUAGUGAAAAGAAUAAGAAGUACGAGCCACUUUCGAACGAAGCACUCGAGAGCCAAGCUUGCGCCGCUUGUGGUCGUUCGCGAUCGGAUCCACGCAAUAAAAGCGAGGGAUAUAAAUUUCAUCCGUUUCCUGCUUAUGAAAUCGGCCGAUGUUUGAGGUGGUGCCAGUUCCUUGGACGUGAGGAUUUGUUGAAAAUGUCACCAAAUCAAAUAAGAAAGCUUGUACUCUGUUCCAAACACUUUCUGUCAGGACAGAGCUUUCACAAAAUUGGUCCGUGCGACGCAGUCCCCACCAUCAAAGACGUCGAUGAAAUCGUGAUAGAGAAGAUGGAAAUAGAAAUUGAUAAAUACGAGCAGGAAGAAAAUGACGAGGAGGAUAAUACCGAAAUGAGAUUACUCCCGGUACAAGAUUCACGCAGACCGAUGGUUUCUAGUAAGAAACCAAAAAUCGAAAACAAGCCAGCACCUCUGGCGAAAAAACGUGGUAGAUCGAAACGACCGACCUCUAUAAACAUACCAAAAAUAGAUCAUUUGAACAUAGAAAAUCGCGUGAGCAAAGUACCUAUUCCAGCGGCAAAUUGGAAAAUCCAAUUUGCCAAUAAUCAGUUUCAACCGUUGACUAUUGCGAAUACCAAUACGAGUCCGAACAUGGCUAUAACUACAGAUGGAAAAAAAGUUAUUUUACCGUUCACUGGAAACAUAUCGAAUCUCGGUGCACCAAUACCGGUGCACAGUCUCUCGAGCAUGCCGCCAGGUUUUUUAAUCAAAAUUAAUCUCCCCGAGCAGCACGCAUUGAACAAGAAACCGAUAAAAACUCCGCGAAAGCAGCCGAGACGAAAAAAAGCUGAGACGGAUAUAAAAGGCGGAAAAGUGGCUGCGAGAUCGAAGACGAACAUCGAAGAAUCCAACAACUUGCACAACGUCGAGGAUAUCUUCACUCCAGAACCUCAGAGCGUCGGGAAAACCGAGCCAGAGUUUUACGAAUGUCAUCUGGAGGAACGAGAGGAAGAAAUGAUUCCAGACGUCAUUGAAGUAUUGGAUGAGGAUUAUGUCGAUAUGACGGACUCUUACGUAGUGGAAGACGAGGAGGGUGAGGUUCACGUCUACCAGGAAAUUACUGGGCCCGAGAUUCCAGCCGAGAAAGAAGAAAUUCCAAAAGUUACGAAAUUGAAAAAACGUUCCCAACGCAAAAGUAUGAGUGACAGAACGCGGAGAACGAUUAUGCCGAUCAGAACGGAAGUACGACAGUUUUUACACAAAUUAAAACCACACAUGAGGCGUUUACCGAGAAAAGCUAAAGCACAGCUAAAGUUAUCGAUCGUUAAUCUUGUCAUAGAUCGACUUUGAGACUAUUUACGUUAUCUUGAGUUUUCUUUAUUCGAGACAAAUCGAAAUUCGAACGGGCGUGGUGUCAAAAAACAGAACAAAUUAUUUUGUUAGCGAUCGGAUUUUCGUUAAACAUGCAUUCUUAUACGAGCCAAUCACCAAGUGAUUCGAUUCAGCUUUCAGUUUUAUUUACAAUAAUCCUAUUAUUUGAUUUUUUAGUUCUUACAUUGCAAUAAAUUUACCUUAUUUUAAAUGUAUAUAUCCGUAUAUAUAGAGUACGUUUAUAAAUAAAUAAUUACGACGUGUAAGAUACAAAACGAUAAUUUUAGGUAAAUAAAAAAUUAUAAGCGUUGACAAUGCCUGAGGAUGUAUCAAAUGUGGAAGAGUGUAAAAUAAAGUUAUUCGUGUACAUUA